CCGGGCUCCGGCGGGGAAGCGCACGCGCGAGGGUGGCGCUGGCGUGGGCGCUGGCGUGAGCGCGGCUCGAGCGCUGGUCGCUCCUUCAGCUGAGUUAGUCGGGACUGGAGCUGGGACUGUGGGAUCUCGGUUGCCGGAAUGGGUGCCCUUCUAAGAGACUUUCCUCCUGUAUUUUUCAACGUGAAGUAGGAUUUUGCUACAAAAGAAGUAGCCCUAAGAAAGCUUUUGAAUUUACCAGUGUAGAGAACACUGACCCAGGAAGCAGCCAUGCCUGUGGAAGGAGGGAAAACGGACAUGGAGAGGAUCGGCCUCUUCAGUGAGAUGGAAUAUGUCACUGUCGGUGAUAAAUAUGUGUCACACUUUAAUCGACCCUUUAAUGAGGCUGCAAGCAAAAAUAGACAGAUACUACCUGGAGGAUCCAAAGAAAUGUCAAAUCUCCAGGCAGGUUAUUUUGACCCCCAUUUUGUAAGGAUUUUUGAAGGCGAAGGCUAUGUAAAUCUGAAUCAAGUGAGAAGACGGCGUAUGAUGGAAGAAGCCAAAAAAAAUCUAGGCAAAGCCUUCCUCCCUAGUAGUGGAGAUAAAAAGCCAUGUGGAUUAGGAAGCUACUAUGGAACAAUAGGUGGUCCAGUCUCAUUCUUCAGUGCACAGUCCAAACCCAGAGAAAAAUAUGAGGCACCUGGAAAGAAUUUAUACACAAAUCCAGGAAAGAAAGGAACUGGAUAUGGCUAUGCAAAUAUUACCAUUGGUAAACAAUAUUCGCACUCUUCUGAUUUCUAUGAUGCACCAAAAUUAAAUUAUAAGAAAGAGAAUGAAAAACACCAUCGUUUACUUAAAGGGACACCUUUCAAGUUAAAUCUUUGCCCAAGGGAAUAUUUUGAUGCCAAUCCUUACUUGUCUGAGAAAUCUCUACCACCAAUUAGAAAAGCAGAGAAGAAAGAAUUACUUACACUCCCUUUUAAGCCCUCCUCUCCUGGUAAAAAGGCUGGUGGAAUGAAGGCAGGAACAUUUGAACCUUACCCUUCACAUUCUGCUGACCCUUACGUGGUUAAAUUGGCAAAGCAGGUUUCCAGCAAAAGUGUUAAGAUUUUCCAUCCACCAAAUGGACCAAAAAGCAGACCAAUUAAAAGUAUAAUGACUUUGAAUGUCGAAAGGACACUAAACCUGAAGAAUUACAAGGCUGCUUCAGUACAGUCCUAUUAACAUCUGGAAGACAAGUAGCUUUCUAGAUCCUGACUACCAGUAAUUCAUUAUCAAGUGCUAAUUAUUUGAAAAAAUAUAAGAUACUGUGGAACAGAUAGCUAACUCAAGCAGUAAAAGAAAUUUAAGCCUGAAA